AUGUCCCAAACAAUUACCAUCGACUCUUCAAAAAUAACAAUUCCUAUUAUUGGUUAUGGCACAGGAACCAAAUGGUAUUCCGGCGAUAAUUCCAAACCAAUCGAUAAAAAUUUAGUUAAAUCAGUUCAUGAUGCAUUAUCAGUCGGUUAUCGUCAUUUAGACGCCGCUGAAGCGUACGGAACUGAAACAUCCGUCGGCGAAGCAUUACGUACGCAAUCCAUUGCACGAAAUGAAAUUUUUAUUACUUCGAAAGUGUUCAAAAAUAUCGGAAACAUCGAACAAGCGUGCACGGAUGUUUUAACACGCUUGGGUAUUGAUUAUCUUGAUCUUUGGCUUAUUCAUGCACCAUUCUUCGAUCGAAAUAAGAUUUCACUUGAAAAAGCCUGGCAAGAAAUGGAGAAAUUAGUUGAAAGUGGCAAAGUCAAAGCUAUUGGUGUUAGCAACUUCCAAAAACGACAUUUGGAAGAAUUAUUCGCUUUAAAUCCCAAAAUCAAACCAGCAGUUAAUCAAAUUGAACUUCAUCCAUAUGUUUAUAAAGGAACGCGAGAAUUGCUUGAAUAUUGCAAGUCAAAAGGCGUUGUAAUCGAAGCGUAUUCUCCGCUCGGUCCGCUUACUUUCAAAUCGGAUGGACCAGUCAAUGAGAUUCUUGAAAAAUUAGCGCAGAAAUACAAUCGGACGCCUGCCCAAGUUUUACUCAAGUGGAACAUCAUCAAAGGUGAUGUUGUAAUCACGACUUCGAGCAAACGCGAUCGUUUAGAAGAUUUUCUCAAAACCGCUGACGAGAAUUUUCAAUUGAGUGACGACGAUGUCAAGGCCAUCGAUGAUGCCGGUGCAAAAUUACAUUUUCGAAAAUACUGGACCAAAGAAAUCGAUGGUCAAAAAGAAGAUUUAUAA